AGACUGAAGGGAGGAGAGGAGCCAUCAUGAAAAAUCCCCUAGCUACUACCUGAGCUGGACUAGGGGAAGGAAUUGUGCCUAGGCCUGGAAGGUGUCCACUCUGAGGAAAAAACUUACUGAAACAUCAUUAAGGGAGUGUGUGUUGGUGACUCUGCCACUGAAGUUGCCUCCAUGGAUCCUGCUUCUGUCUCACCCAGCAGCAGCUGCUCCAGUACCUGGCUUCUUGUGCUGCUGGGGAUGCUGGGGACAGCUCUGCUUGGGGCAGCUCACAGACUGGGGCUGAUCUACCAGCUCUGGCAUAAGGCAGAGCCGAAGAGUACCCGGCAUGGUGGGGAGCUUGUUGCAGAGGUCCUGAAGGCCCAUGGGGUGCGUUAUUUGUUCACGCUGGUAGGAGGCCACAUCUCACCCAUCCUGGUGGCCAGCGAGAAGUUGGGCAUCCGCGUGGUGGACACAAGACACGAGGCCACAGCUGUGUUUGCUGCUGAUGCAGUCGCCAGGCUCUCAGGGACAGUCGGAGUCGCCGCAGUAACAGCGGGACCUGGGGUAACCAACACCGUGACGGCUGUAAAGAAUGCCCAGAUGGCCGAAUCCCCGGUGCUGCUGAUUGGAGGGGCAGCUGCCACACUGCAGAAGGGCCGGGGUGCUCUCCAGGACAUUGACCAGCUGUGCCUUUUCAAGCCACUCUGCAAGUUUUGUGCGUCGGUGAGGACUGUGCGGGAUAUCGUCCCCACACUGCGAAGGGCCAUCGCAGCAGCACAGUCUGGCACCCCAGGCCCUGUGUUUGUGGAGUUCCCAAUCGAUGUGCUCUACCCAUACUACUUGGUGGAGAAGGAGCUGGGCUUCAAAGAGACCCCGCGGGGGCUGCUGGGUGGAGUCAUCAACUGGUACCUGGGCAACCACCUCAGGAACCUGUAUGCAGGGGCCUGGGAGACAAGGGACUUUUCCCCCCUUCCGGUGCAGGUGCCACAGGCCACAGCAGAGCAGGUGCAGCAGUGUGUGGAGCUGGUCAGCCGUGCCAAGAAGCCUGUUAUGCUCCUGGGCAGCCAGGUGACCCUGCCCCCAACGCCUGUGGAGAAGCUCAGGGAAGCCCUGGAGGCUCUCGGCAUCCCUUGCUUCCUGGGUGGGAUGGCCCGGGGCAUGCUGGGAAGGGACAGCUCACUACAUAUCCGCCAAAACCGCCGAGAGGUGCUGAAGGAGGCUGACCUGGUCAUUCUGGCAGGCACGGUGUGUGAUUUCCGUUUGUCCUAUGGCCGCGUGCUGAGCCGGCGCAGCACAGUCAUUGCCAUCAACCGGGACCGUGCCCAGUUGCUGCGCAAUUCUGACAUCUUCUGGAAGCCCCGCAUGGCCAUCCAAGGAGAUGCUGGCUCCUUCCUCCUGAGCCUUUCCCAAGGCCUCAAGAGUUACUCACCACCUCAGGACUGGGGAACAAGUCUGAAGGAUGGCGACCAAAGGAAGGAGAAAGCAAACCGAGAGAAGUCAGAAGAGCCCACGGAGCAGCACCUGAACCCACUCAAGCUCCUACACCAUGUGGACAACUUGCUGCCCGAGAACUGCCUGCUGGUGUCAGACGGGGGCGACUUUGUGGGGAGCGCUGCCUACAUUGUGCGGCCCCGGGGGCCCCUGCACUGGCUGGACCCAGGAGCUUUCGGGACACUGGGUGUCGGGGGAGGAUUUGCUCUCGGCGCCAAACUCUGCCGGCCGGAUUCUGAGGUCUGGAUCCUCUACGGAGACGGCUCCCUCGGCUACAGCAUCAUGGAGUUUGACACCUUCGUCCGUCACAAGACGCCCAUCAUCGCGCUGGUGGGGAAUGACGCCUGCUGGAGUCAGAUCUCCCGUGAGCAGGUCCCCUUGCUGGGCAGUAAUGUGGCCUGCGGCCUGGCCUAUGUGGAUUACCACCUGGUGGCAGAAGGCUUGGGAGGGAAAGGUUUCCUACUCAGCCGGCAGGACGAAGCCUGCAUGGACAACAUCAUCCAGGCGGCGCAGGAGGCCUGCAGGGAGGGACACCCCACCCUGAUCAAUGCCCUGAUCGGCAGAACCAGCUUCCGGGAGGGAUCCAUCUCUGUGUAGGGCUGGGGCUAGGCCUGGCAGUGCUCCCUGCCCAUGCCAGGGUGCAGCAGCCUGCCUUGGGGCCCCCUACAGACACCUGCACAGUACCCCCUUCGGCGUUUAGUUGAUCCUCCUCCUCGUUCUGGCCCCAGAGCUGCUGCAGACUAACACAGCCACCCCUACCAGGGACUGGGGUCCUAACCCAAGCCCCUCAAUGGGUAACCAGUGCUAGGACACUGGCCAGUAGGGGUCAACCUGAAGAGAGCCCCAGGGCAGCAGGGACAAGGAAGCUUCUCUCAGUUCAGCACUGGGCAGGUACCUACUUCUGUGGCAGAUGGGCAUUGUGCUUUGGCAAGCUCCUGCCAGUAGUGAGAGCAGCUGCAGGGAUCUUGUUCUGGUGACAGGAGGGGGUCUUGCUUUCCAACUGGGCAGCCUAGGGCUGGGCACUGGGGCUGGAUUUCUGAGGGGUGGGAGUCGGGGGGCUCAUUGCCCAGCUCUGCAAGCCAGGGCCGUUGGCUGGUGACUCUCUCUGGGGCAGGAGCUUGGCCUAGGCCUAACGUUUGGACGAAGUGGAGCUGCUGAGCCCUGCUGAGAAACUUGGUUGAGGGAAAUCUGGCAGGAUUCACUCAAGAUCCACCAGGGCUGUGAUUUUCCCCCAACACCCUACGAUGUGCUAUGAGGGCAUCUCCCUGGCUGACCAGCCCAGGGACCCUGCUGCCCCAGAGCCCCGUCAUGCAGAAAUGCAUUUCCUGAAUAGCUUUGGGCAAGGCCCGUCACCGCCAUGCCCUCCAGUCCCAUAUCCAGCACCAGGAGCUGCCACUGCACUGCCACUUCCCUGCCGGGCUACAGCCACUGCCACACCUAGGAGCCUAGGGAGGGCCUGCAUGUUCAAAGGGCACAGGUAGGGCCAUGCGUGCUGCUGCUCCCAGCCCCAGGUGUCAAGCUCUCCAUUGCCAUAGUGUGAGGUGGUACGCGGUUAACGGGGAUGUUAACAGAGCGGUUCCCUCUCUCUCUCCAAGCACAUGCACUCCACCCACGGGGUUUCCCCCAACAAUAAAGAGAAUGAUGGCACCAGGCCAA